GAUCAGAAAGCAACACGCAAACGAAACGAUAUGAAUGUCAAGCCAGACAGAUUUGAUUACUUUCUCUUAGACAGCAAACGGACAGACGUCUGAAAUCGCAAUAUAAAUUUCAAUUUGUGGAAUAAUUACUCAGCAAACUAGUUUUUCAAUCAUCUGAAACAACCAUAUUUGUUUCUUCUUUUCUAGAUCGGACAAUCCACAAUAAAUCAUAGACAUAAAAAACUGAAAGUGAUUUAUUUUGUUGACACAAAAUAUGAAAGUUAUUAUGGCUCGUGCAAUAGCUAGAGCCACUGAAACAUCACUACAAAGUAACACCACGAUGGCACCAAAGAAGGAAAGCGGAUACGAUUUGGCAUUAUAUGGACUGGAUAACGGUCAAUUUUAUGCCAUCCAUUUACCAGCGUUAACAUGUAUUUUUUUAAGUUUGAUAACAGCUAUACUGGUAAUAUGUUUUUCAUUUAAACAUCAAAGAAUAUCAACAUUUUUUACAUGGACAAAAAGUGAACGGUUUGUUGUUUAUCUUGCCAUAUGCGAUGCCUUGUUUAAUAUAUGCCACUCAAUGGAUCACUUGCAUAUUGUCAUCACAAAAGAUCAUGUCUACCCCAAAGCACUUUGCGAGUUUUAUGGCAUCAUGCUAGCCGAGUUCAUUACUGCCCAGAACUUGAUGGUAAAUGUGGUUUCUAUCAACGCUUUUGUUUUGAUUUACUUUCGUAAAAAGCUUGAAUUUGGAAAAUAUGAUUGGAAGUUAUUGUUAUGGAUGUUUGGAACACCCUUUUUGGCGGGUAUGAUAGCUCUUGGGACUGGAUCUAUGGGACCAAAUGGAACCUUCUGCUACUUUGAUGGUGUAAAGGGAGAGUACGCGAAUCUGUUCUUCACCACAGUGCCUUUGCUUUUAAUUCUCACCGUAAACAUCAUUAUGUAUAUUUUAACAUGGUACCGCAUUCAAAAAGAGGAGCCCAAGUUCAAAGAUGUUUCUGGCAAGGAUGCUCACGUGGUCCGCGCAUCACAUCGAGCAGCUAAGACUAUGUCCUUAUUUGUUGCAGCUUUCUUUAUACAAUGGUGGGCGAUGGCUUUGUAUGGGGUGUGGCAAUUAGUAGCAGAUGUUCCGCAAGCGUUGUUUCAGUUUGUUACAACCUUCUCAAACAUUGGAGGAAUUUUGAAUGGUAUUGUUUAUGUGAUCAUAAGACGAAAGAAAGGCGAAAAUCAUAGCGAAAUUCCAUCGGAGUCUUCAAAGAAAUUUUCACGAAUGAAUAAUAAUCAUUCGGUUAGUAAUAUAGAAACCCAGCACACCUCGUUUUGAAAUGCCUCACAUCUGCACAAUUUCUUGAUUUAAAUAUCUGUUUAUACAGAAAGCAACAGUUACUCAAUUGGUAAUUCAACAGAAAACCUUCGUAUUUAUGGAUUCAGAAGUUGAUUCAAUUUUAUCUAAUGUACUGUUGAUCAGCUUUUAAGGAAAAUCAUUUGUUACCUUCUGGAAAGAAACACAUAUCUCUGCAACAUAUAUAUAAAACUAAAAAAGAUAUAUGUGCUGGCACCUGUAUCUUGCAUACAUUGUUUCUUAGCUAUAAAUAUAUUUUUAUCAUUUCUACGCUUCGUUAAACAAUUUUAUCAAUCACAGAGCACAAUAAGUAGCUGAUUUGUCCAUCGUAUAUUUCAACCAGUUGUAAGUUUUGUGCUCAAGAAAAACACCCCAUCUGUUUUUCAUCACGACAAAUAUGUUUCUAUUUUUGAGUUAAAACUUAUAAAGAUCUGAACAUUACCGGGAUGUCAAUAUGCACGAAUAUGAACGAAUAUGAACGAGUAAUGCCACUUCCGAAUCUCUUUUAGCAACACCUGUCUGAAUUUAACGCUUUAGAAUCCUGUAUAGCUUAGCUGGCGGUUAUAAUAUCUGAGCGGGUUAUGCUCCACUGUAUGUAUUUAUAUUAGUGGCAAUAAACGCUCUUGUAGUGUGUUACUUCCACAAAUUUUUUCAAAGUUUUAAAAGUUUUAUUCAAAUGUCAAUUAUUGUCAAUUAUUUCGUUAACUUAAAAUAUAUAUUAAUUUCGUUAAAGAGUGUUUUCUAUUUUUUGAGUUUCUGUAAAAGCCUAAACAUGCUUUGUUCUUUAUUUUAUGUUUUGAAUAGUUAAAAAAAUAGAACAAUAUUGAUACAGCUAAGUGUUGGAGACUUAUCUUCCAAUGCUCUAUGACUUUGUAUACAUUUUAAAUCGCACAAAUUCAUAAUUUCAUUU